AUGCUUGCCGGCAAGAUGCUGUUCAUUCUGGUGAGAGAAAUAGUACUGGUUAUAUUCUUCGCGAUCGAGUACUGCGUACGAUUAUGGGCGGCCGGCUGUCGUUCGAAAUACCGCGGGUUUUGGGGUCGGUUGAGGUUCGCCAGAAAGCCGAUCACAUUCAUUGAUCUCUGUGUGGUUGUUGCUAGUAUCACCAUAAUUCUUUUUGGAAGUGAAGGUCAAGUGUUCGCCGCCAGUGCAAUACGAGGAGUGAGGUUUCUGCAAAUCCUCAGGAUGCUGCACGUCGAUCGACAGGGCGGCACCUGGAGACUGCUCGGCUCGGUGAUUUUCAUCCAUCGUCAGGAGCUGAUAACGACGCUGUACAUCGGGUUUCUUGGCCUCAUCUUCUCAUCGUAUUUCGUUUACUUGGCUGAAAAGGACCACAUUACCCCUGAUGGAAAACAAGUCUUCACCACCUAUGCCGACGCCCUGUGGUGGGGAGUGAUCACGAUGACCACCAUUGGUUACGGUGACGUGGUGCCGCAAACGUGGCUCGGUCGUAUCAUCGCCUCCUGCUUCUCAAUAUUCGCCAUCAGCUUCUUCGCUCUACCUGCUGGUAUUCUCGGUUCGGGAUUCGCUCUGAAAGUACAGCAAAAGCAGCGUCAGAAGCACUUUAAUCGUCAGAUUCCAGCAGCCGCCACGUUGAUUCAAUGUCUCUGGAGAUGCCAUGCUGCCGACAAGAACAUCGCCGCCACGUGGUUCAUUUUCAGUGACUUUUUUCUUAAUUACAGUUGCUCGUCCAUCUACUAA